CGAACUCAUUACAUUACUUACAAUCAACAUAUAUACCUUACCCACAUCCCUUCUCUCACCACUACCCGACCAAUAAACCACACCAUCAACCGACAGACUGCCACAGAAAAUGCCACCAAAACCCUCCUACGGCCUCAGCCUCCCCAACAAGAAACCACCCGGCGGCGCCCCCGGCGGCCAAAAGCGCAAGAAAACGAUCUUCGACUCCGACUCCGACGACGACACAGCUGCAGGCCAAGACGGCGACAGCGGCGCGGUAGAAAUCUCCACGAUUGGCGGGCUCGGCGAAGAGAAAGAGGCGCCGAAACCCGCGCCAUCAGGCCUGAAAAUCAAACCCAAAUCGACAACGACCUCGCUGCCGCCGCCGAAACGAAAAGUGCCGUUCAACGGAGCCGGAGCCGGCGGAAAACCGAACGUGAAGCCACUGAGCAAGAAGUCGAUAUUCGCAGACGAGGACGACGAGGACGAACAGGGCGGGAAUAAUGAGGAACAGCUAGGAAGCGGACCGGGGACGGCGGGGACGUCGUACGGUCUGAACACAGCUCAGGGACCGGGACAAGGGCAGAAGAAGGAUCAAGGCACGAAGGAAUACACGAACCUCUCGGCCUUGCAUAGCAGUCGCAAACACGCGGAAGAAGCCUCGGAGCUCGACCCCUCGAUCUACUCCUACGACGCAGUGUACGAGAGCCUGCACGCGAAGCCCGAGAAAACAAAAGCCGCUGAGCAAGGAUCCAGCGAGGUGCCGCGGUACAUGACGAGUUUGCUGCGGAGCGCGGAGAUCCGCAAGCGGGAUCAGCUGCGCGCGCGGGACCGGCUGCUGGCGAAGGAGCGCGAGGCCGAGGGUGACGAGUUCGCGGACAAGGAGAAGUUCGUGACGUCGGCGUACAAGGCGCAGCAGGAGGAGCUGCGGAAGGUGGAGGAGGAGGAAGCGGAGCGGGAGAGGCAGGAGGAAGAGCGACGGAAGCAGAACGGCGGAUCUGGCAUGAUUGGGUUCUAUCGGGAUGUGUUGUCGCGUGGCGAAGAGCGGCACGAGGCGGCCGUGAAAGCGGCGGAGGAGACGGCGCGCAAGGUGCAGGCGGGUGAGGUGCCUGCGGAGACGGAUGACACGAGCAAGGAGAAGACGGAUGCGCAGAAGGCGGCGGAGAUGAAUGAGCAGGGCGCGCGGAUUGCGGUCAACGAGGAGGGCAAUGUGGUUGAUAAGCGGCAAUUGCUGUCGGCCGGUCUGAACGUGGCACCAAAGCCGAAGACGCAGGGCGAUGCGGCAGCAAAGGCUGCUCGUCCGGCGGCUCGACCGCGCUUCGACUCGGGCAACCAGGCUGGUGGCCGGGCUGGUCAGCGCGCGCGCCAGACGGAGAUGAUCGCGGCGCAACUGGAGGAGCAGGCGCGACAGGAAGAAGAGGCCGAGGCGGCCAAGCAGAAAGAAAUCGCAGAGCGCAGCCGCAGCCAGAAGACCAAGACCGACGUCUCGAGUGCGCGGGAGCGAUUCCUGGCGAGAAAGAAGGAACGAGAGGCCGCCAAAGGGGGCGCAUCCUGAUUAUUUACUUCUUUCCGGGGGAGGUCGAUUGCAUACAAGGCGUUUGGUCUACGAGAUAUUUCCAAUGUAACAUAACUGACAUAUACCAUGAGACGACGGCUCAG